GGCGUAAAUGAGGCCAUCGUGCAACAAGCAGACGACAGGAACAGUGGAAGCAGACGGAAGUGUCAAAAGUCGCAUAUAUGAUCGGUUUAUUUACACCGCCCGGCGGACUAUCAAUCGAAACUUUCUUCGAACGUAAAUUACUCACAUAUUAAUUCUCUAACGAAUAUAAUGGAGAAUCUUGCAGCAAAACUAUGCUCACUCUUAAUAGAAAACGCUGAAACAGCGGAACAAUGGAAAUUAUUGGGACAAGAGAAAGAUGGGUCGAUACUUGUUGGAUGGGUGCAAGAAUCGAAAGGAAACGACGUGUAUACAUCGUGUAGUGUUAUUGCCCGUUACGACCAGUUGGACAAUAAAUUACAGAUAUUACACCGUUUUCCGGAGGUAUUAAAUAUCGUUCAAGCUACAAUAAACCAAAGCCACACGUUAAUAGGAUAUGUAACGAAAGAGAAGAGUUCUUCAGAGACAAAUGAUUCCCCUAAAAAGCACAGUUCAAGUGAUAAUAAUGCAGCCUGUGAAGCAGAGUUUUACAGAGCAUUUAUUGUUGAAUUGUCAACCGAUGAUACCAAAGUGCAUAAUUUAGGUAUUGAGAAGUCCAAGCAGGUACGAUUGCAAUUCUUGUACAGAGAAAAGGAGCAACUUGGUGUAGACAAGUUCCUAAUGUUGAUACAUCAUGAAUGUGUCCUGACAUACACGGUUCAAUUUGACACAAGCGUGAAUGAAUCGAGGCCGAUAAAUGAGCUGAAAUCGGAGGUGCUUGUAAAAACAUUCAUAUGGGCUCAGUGGGACAUGAUCAAUCAAGUUCUCUACCACAUACAUCAUCGGCAAAUCCCCGCGAGCUUAGUCUCCGAGGACGAGAACAAUUCCAAGUCUUCGCGGCCCACGCUCAGCGGUCUUCAAUUUCACGACGACCUGCCUCACGAAACGGUGCUGAAUAUCCCGUUGAACUUGCCACAACUGCUGACGUCCUCGAACUGCGGCACUUACGAGGACGACGUGAUACCGCUGCGAGUCCACGACUGUUCUCUCGAUCUCAUUAUGGUGUCGGACUCGAAAGGGAUGGUCUGCGUCUGCCACCAUUACCUGUACCGGCCCGUCCAGCCGCCGCAGCACGUGCUGAACUCGCUCAACGACUCCAACACGGUGCACUUCGCGUACUCGGUGACCCUGCUGCACCACAGCUGCGUGAUCCACUGCGUGAUACCGGGUAUACCGUGGUCGCGCGCGAAACUCAUGAGACCGACCUUCGCGAUAUACGAGAACCACCACAUGGCGGUGUUCGUGCCGGGGCUGUUUCUGCACUUCCUCGAGAUCGGGCUGAACCACGAGCCCUGCUGCCACAUACUGUGCGGCCCGCCACCGUCGGUGUCGUCUCGCGCUUCCUACUUGGUGCCGUUAUUCGACCUGGAGAACGCCGGCAAGGGGACGAGGAGGAACUCCCAUCAUAACAGUAACAACACGGACGGGAGUAAUUCGCUGCCGAGCUCCGGUUCGAGCGUGUUGACGAUAGACCUGCCCACCUUGGACCUCGUCCGACUGACGAUCCCCACGGACUUCCUCGUCGGAGUCUUCCGCAAAGAGACCUCGGUGGAGACUCGGCUGGGGAUACUGCAUUAUUUUCUCUGCCACAGGAACGACAUGGAGAUCGUCGCCGAGUUGGUGUCCGUGCUCGCGGAAAAGCCGCGCUCCCUGGACAUCGUGCGUUUCAUGCAGGAGUUCCUCAUAGGCAGCUCCUACGCAUUGGUGCAGAAGAAUCUUCUUACGGACACCGUCCCCUUGCUGGCCUUCUUGCCGGUUACCACUAUAGGGGAUUAUCAGACCUUCGACAUCAAGGUGAACGAGCUGAGUGUCACGCUGAGCCACGAGAAACUUUGGAACACGUCGGUGAUGCUUCUCUCGCCGCAACAGAGGCUCGUACCGUACCGUAGCGAUUUGUGGACCAGACUGUGGGAUCAGCUGAGCAGAAACGGCGGCGACAAGCAGAGAUUCAACCCCGGCCGUAUCGCGGAGAAACUGCUGGUUUCUCUAGCCUGCUAUCAACCAGAGGCGCUGUCCAGGUGUAGCACUCCGAUGUCGCCGAGUGGAGGAUUCGUUGCAGUGCCGCUCGGAGACCUGAUAGUGAAUCGCGGCAUCAAGUUGGACUCGAAUCUGCCGUUUAACGAGACGGAAAGCUGCACCGCCUCGAAGCAGGAGCACAUCGUGUCGGUGAAUUUGCGCGAACUCUCCAUGUAUCUCCUGAAGAACGGCACGCACACGUCGACUAUGCUCACCCGAGGCUCCUGCACCGCGUUGCACGUUCACGCCAUGGCCACGAGGCACGUGGCGGCCCAAUUGGAAGCCUCGCGUACGCUCUGUCAGAUACUCUGCCGAGCAGCCGGCGUCGAUCCAAGGAUUGAGCAAGAACGUGGCUUUGGUCUUAUAGACAAAUUGGACAAAGCCAGACGGUGGUUGCUGUUCACGCUUUUGCAGCGAUACAGGUAUUCCAUAGAGAGUAUCGCUUACCCGGCACCGCAGGGGUUCGCGUCGUUUUUCACUUACCUCGGCUAUCGCACUCUCGAUUACUCCAUGUUUCUGCAGUACAUUCAGCGCUCGGUGUUCGAACUGCAGGUCGACGUCGGCAAAGCUAUUCUAGCCGAUAUGAGCGAUGCAAAAAAGGAUGUCAUUCAGAAGCUGGGCUUGCUGUCCUUAAUGCCAAGAUCUCGCGCCAAGAGACUGCUUAACCAGUGGCUGCACCCGGUCAGUUUAAUGCUGCGGGCCAGGGAACACGCCGCUAAUAUCCUGUGCGGCGAAGAAAGUCAAAAUCGAGUCGGCAGUCGACCCUUGCAACAUCGUAAUCAUCAUAACAGUUUAGCGGCGUUCCCUUCGGAGGAUCGUCUGUCGCCGUUAGACACCUUCUUAGAUCUGCUCACCGCGAAAGCCAGUCUCACCGAACUGGAUUUCGGAUUGCUGAUAGAAGCAACAGUCACAUCCACAGAAGACUUCCUUUAAUUGGUAUUAAAUUUAACAGGGAACUUCGUCGGGUGUUUUGUCGGUAUAACUGGUGCUGGCAACUACCAAAGAACGUCUCCUUGAGUAAGAGGAUUUAUUUAGCAAAUAAAUAACGAAUCAUUCGAGCGAAUUUAUGCAUAAUUUUUAUAUGUACUUGCGUGCGAUACCGCCUACUUUAUACUUUUAUAAUUUUGUUAUCGAAUCUUUCAUGUAUAUUUUGUUAAGUCCGGUAUGCUGCAGAGAGUUGUGGAAAACAGAGUUGUAAAAUGUACUUACAAUUACGGAUAUUGUUAUUUCGGCAGAAAUCUCGAAAACAACAAGUGCCAUCAAAACUUAGUUACCAUUGCCGAUCGUAACACUUACCAUUAAUAAGCAAGGAUAAUGAAAGUUUAAUUGUUUAAGAAUUAUGUAUUAUAUAUUGCAAGAAUUUCUGAAAUUUGAGAAAUCUACGUCCUUUAUGCGGAAAAUGCCCACCCAGGAAUGACCAAAGAGCAAUAGAGCGAUCACUGUUACAUUACUAGAAUAUUGUAUGAUCACGCACUGUAAUGUCAUGCAUAUCGCUAUCGUGUAUUUGAGUGAAGCUAAAAAUUUGCAUAUCGCUAAAUUUAUAACAGUUAUCUUCGCUUUUAAUUAGAUUUUAAUGAGAGUAAAGUACACAUGGAAUGAAGAGUGUCUAUGUUAUUACUAUUACUUCGCGUUUUCUACGAUUCUAUUAAUAUAUAUAUUCCUGGGUGACUGUGUCAAAUAUAAAAAAUAGGAAAAUUUAAAUAAUUAUUAAGUAUAUAGUAAUAUUAUAUUGAUAUUCUACUGGUGCUUGUAUAAGUUGGUAUUAUAUUCAGUAUUCUUAAGAUCAUGUGAUACAAUGAAUUAAUUAUGAAAAUUAAUAUUUGCAACUGAUGUACUUAUAAUAUAUUAUCAGUUAUAGCAUGUUGUAUGUACAUGUACAUUAGAAUGUAUAAUGUAUUGUUUUCGACGGUCUUAGUCAUCGUAAUUAUUACAUGAAGUACGUUGUAAUAAUAUUUCUCCUAUGUUGUAAACUGUGAUUAUUUUCUUUUGAGAAAUAGAGGAAGUAAGAUAAUACUAGAUUUUUAUACAUAUGUAUAUCUUAAACGGUAUUUUAAUUGUGUAACAUUUAGAUAAGGGGUAUCCUAAUUUUUUGUGUACGGGACAAGUGAUUUUUAAAGCAAACCUUGUAAAAUAAAAGUUUUAGAAACAUUUUA